AUGGGCGUCGAAUCCAAGGAACCACGGCUGCACGACCUCGAGUCUGGGAGGCACGCGCCCGCCUCGCAGCGCACAUGCACGCCAUCGCUGUGGCUGCCCCCGCUCGCCUUUGUGCGACGCAAGAAGCUGCUCGUCGUUCUGCUGCUCGUGCCGGCCAUGUACAUGAUGCUCGUGUACAACGGCAACGCAUCCGCACCGUUCGACUACAACGCCGCCUCCGAAGCUGGUGCGCAUGUGCUCGACUCGCUGCAGUCGUCGCUCCACCACGCCGCGCCUGCGGUCAACGAGCUGGCAGCCAAACUGCCCACGCCACCGCACCACUACGACGACGCACACCUCGACCAGGACGGCCACCUUCACAACGCGCUGCUGGACAAUCUGCAUGUGGAAGGCACCCCCGAACUCGCCGCACUCAAGCAGAAGCUCGACCACGACCCAACUGCGUCGGCUGCCACCUCCAAGCUGGAUCUGGCGCUCCAGGUGGGCGAGAUGACCAAGUUCGACGCCAAGGACGAAAGCAUGCUUCUGCUCCUUCACGCCCUCAAAGACAAAAAGUUUACGCUCGAGGACGACUGGAACGGCAUCUUUUUCGAGCGCACGCCUCUGGAAGGCGGCCUGUUUGCCUCGCUCAACGCCGGUCCUACCAACAAGUUCACCCAGCUGCUCGCACACGUCGGCCUGCCCACACCCUCCAACACCACCGGCCAGCCAUCUUCGCCCAAGUUCUCCAUCCUCAACGACGCACAUCAGCUCUACUCGCUCUCGCGCGCCGACUGGGUGGCACGCAUGCGCGAGCCGUUGGGCUUGACCGUAUUCAGCAAGAGCUACUGCCCCUACUCGAAGCGCACCAAAGCACUCCUCACCUCGCUCAAUGCCACCUUUACGGUGCACGAGGUGGAUCUGCGACCGGAUGCGCACAACCUCCAGCCAUUGUUGGCACAGCUCACGCGCCACAAGACCUUCCCCACCGUCAUGGCGAGGGAUAGGCUCGUGGGCGGCAACGACGAUGUGCAGGCCUUGAACAAGAUCCAUGCGCUGAACAGCAUCCUCCAGUCCCUUGCCUCUCCACCAUCAUCUCCCACUUCGCACAUCUCGUCGGCAGCCAUGGACUCGGAAGCAGGGCCAAGCUCAGCACCGCUCUUCAAGAAGCGUUCCAAACCACAGCGCGCAGCACGCAUCACUACCGCCAUCGACGAUGCUCCUGCGACCGACCCGACCAGCACACCGCCAUCAACCGACCCAGCCGCCGACGACGAGCUGUCGGUGCAGGAUCUCAUCGCGCUUCGUAGUCUCGCACGUCGACCGGAUGGGAUCGAGCUCGACCGACUCAAUCGCGGCGAUCGUCCCCGCAAACACAACCAACCUAAGACUGCCGACGAGGACUCCACCAAACGCAUCUCGAAUCGAGCGGGCGACGAUGACAGCGACCACCAAGACAAGCCGCGUCUGGUGCGCAAGAACAACUUUCAGGGCGAGACAGGCACCGUCGACGUCGACAAACACAUGAUGGCGUACAUUGAGGACCAGAUGCGGAAACGCACAGGCAGUUCGGACAACGUCGACGCAGCAGCCAUCGUGGCCGCGGUCAACGAUCCCGAGGAUGCGCUUUACGCAGUGGCGGAAACGUACAAGCAGCUGCACCGAUCGAUCAAGCCCGAACAGACGCAGGAGCAGCGCGAGGGCAACGUCGCCUUUUCCUCGGCCAUGCUCACCUCGAUCCCCGAGGUGGACUUGGGCAUCGAUGCGCGCAUGGCCAACAUCCAGCACACCGAGGCAGCAAGGCGCGAGGCUAGUCAGCCCAAGCCUGCGCGAAACGACGUCGAUGAGGAUUACGCCAAUGCAAGGUUUCAACGCGCCAGGCCAAGGCAGGAUCAUGCACAGGCGUCGAACGGAUCGCGUCCAGAACGACGCCAGAUGGCAACCGACCAGCUCGUGCUAGAUCGCUUUAAGAAACGACAGCGAAACUUUCGAUAA